UUGAACACUUCAGUUAUCCAUUGCAAGUUGGUGAAGUUACAAAUAAGAAAUGGUUUCGGUAAUUCAAGUAGCAGUUUUGCUGCUCAGUGUGUUCUACUCAUCUGACGGAUUAAUACGUUCCGAGGAACACAAACACAACCAAAAAAAUGCCCUAAUGUUUCUGGACAUAAUGGAAGAAACGCUCAUCACAGAAAUAAGGAAUUUCUCUGCAACCGGUUAUCGUUCUCCAUUGUUCGAUUUGUGGUCGAAACAUGUACCGUAUACCGUUGAAAUGACCCAAGAUGAAGUCGAUGAUUAUCCACCCGAGCUGGCUAUCAUUGGAUGCUUAGCUUGUCGAACAUAUUUUGCUUCAUUAAUUCGAGACGUACGAGCUGGAGUGCCUCCGCAGCAAGUGGCAGAUUCAGCAGUUGGCAUCUGCCAGUUACUAAUGCCAUUCGAAAGUGUCGUGUGCAGAAACAUAGUUGACCUGAAUGUUGAUAGUCUCUACUACAUCAUACAAAAUAGACCAGCGAUAGGCACCAACGAAUUUUGUGGUUUGAUAUUGCAAGGAGAGUGUGGAGCAGUUGAUCCAAUGUUUAAUUUUGCUGUUAAUGUAAGUCCUCACAACCCCAUUACCGCACCGAAAACGGUAACUUCUCCCCGAACUCCUGAUGAGCUACGAAUCAUUCACAUCACGGACAUUCAUUACGAUGAAAACUAUUUGACUGGUGGAAUAAAUAAUUGUCCAAAUCCAACUUGCUGUCGAAGAUCAGCAGGUGUUGCACCGGAUCCAGCAAAUCGUGCAGGUCCGUGGGGUGAUUACAACUGUAAUCAGCCGUGGCAAGCUUUUGAAAAUACACUUCAACGCAUCCGAAGCCAACAUCCACAAAUCGAUAUCAUUUAUCACACUGGUGAUAUGGUCGACCAUGGCAUUUGGGAGACAAGUCAGGCUGGCAACCGAAGAGUCAUUGGAAGAAUUUUCGACCUAUUCCGGCAAAUCUUUCCGAAUGUACCAGUUUUUUCUACGAUAGGCAAUCAUGAAGCUCAUCCAACAAACUUGUUCGCUCCAUCUACUAUUGGUAACCCUGCUUGGUCCACGAGAUGGCUGUACGAUCUCUUAGCUAGUACGUGGCAAAAUCAUGGAUGGAUAAAUGCAGCUGCAGCUAAUACAGUAAGAGCCGGAGGAUAUUAUACUCAGUUGGUACGUCCAGGUUUCCGUUUGGUUGUACUGAACAACAAUGACUGCUACAUUUACAAUUGGUGGGUAAUGUACAGUCGUACAGAGAUUGCUGGUGCUUUGCAAUGGUUCCACAACACACUGCUUGACGCAGAACGAAACAACGAAAGAGUGCAUGUGCUGGCGCAUAUCCCGACAGGUGGCGGUAGCUGUUUCCAAUUCUGGUCUCGUCAGUACAGGAGAAUUCUGGACAGAUUCCACAAUAUUAUCGGAGCUCAAUUCAACGGCCAUUCGCACAGAGACGAGUUCGAAGUAAACUAUGAUGUUGCAAGCGGUCAACAUGCCAUCAAUGUAGCAUGGAAUGGAGGAUCAUCUACAGCCCGUACAAAUGUAAAUCCCAACUACAGACUGUACUAUGUAGAUCGCACCCAUUACCAAGUCAACGAAGCGGAAUCCUACAUCUACAGCAUCUCUGAGGCCCGAAACAAUCCAUCUGUUCCUCCACGCUGGCAUCUUCACUAUUCGUUCCGUCAAGCCUUUGGAAUAACCAAUUUCUCACCAGCCGGUAUCGAUCAAUUAGCCUUCAACAUCUCAAGGAAUCGGAAUUUGGGAAGAAACUUGUACAGAUUCAGAGUCAAAAAUGGGGAUCCACGAAUGCAGACUGGUUGCAAUGACGAUUGUCUACGAAGUCAAGUUUGUAGACUUGUAACGAAUGAGCAUGCCGAUAAUCGACGGUGCAAUCAAAUUCUUGCCGUAUUCGGAACAGUUGCUUAAAUUGCAAUGUUUCAAUUGAUGGUUUUGGGGAUUUAUUAAAUAUUCCGUGCAAUUUGAGUU